CUACUUGCAGCAGCGACAGCGACUCCGACUCCACCCUGCGCACCGCUUGCACCGAAAUACCUAUGUAUGUGCUGCACACACAUUCAAACGAAACACAUAUGCACAUGUAUAUAUACAUGAACAAAAAAAACCUGCUGCCGUCGGCCGUAAUUACAGUUAGACACUAAAAUAGCAACACGGUCAGUUAAUUAGGGUACAAAGCGCGAGUUCAGGUGGCGACGGCGACGGCGACAGCGACUGGAACGACGCCCACGCACGCUUCCAAUUGCAAUUUUGCAAUGGAAAACGAAUCCGUCAAAUCGGAACACAGUGGACGCUCGCGACGCUCUCGCAAUCACAAUAACAACAGCAGCAGCGCCGGCGGCGGCGGUGGAGGAGGAGGUAACGUUGGUGGAGGUGGCGGUGGCGGUGGCACCGUAAAUAACGGAUAUCACAGGGAUCGUUCGCGUCACUCGCAUCGCAGCACCCACUCAUCCAAGUCGGGCAAGGGACGCGGCGACAUGGCGCCCUAUCAGACCAGUGUAAAUAUGACGGGCGACGAGUCACGUGACGGCCAGGAGGUGAUCGAAGUGCAAAUUCUGCCGCAAGAUGAGAACUGGGGUGAGAAUACGACUGCCGUGACGGGCAACACAUCGGAGCAGAGCAUAUCCAUGGAGGACAUCAAUAAUAUGUGGCAUCGCGAGAACGACAAGGGCUUCGGCUUUGCCUGUCGACGCUACGUGGAGUCCACAUUCUAUUUUCUGCUCGGCUGUGCCGCAUUCUUCUCACCCGUUGCCAUGGUUGUGAUGCCGUACAUUGGCUUCUUUCCAUCGGCCUUCGAUCAUCCGGAAUUGACGCAAACGGUGCGCACCCAGCUGCUCGCCUGCAGCGAGCAGUGCAAGGGACAACUGGUCUCGCUGGCCGCCCGCCUCCUGCUGCUGGCCAUCGGCCUGUGGGCUCUGUUUAUGCGCCGCACAACGGCCAGCAUGCCGCGCAUCUUUCUCUAUCGCGCCAUUGUACUGCUGCUGGUCACCAUUUGCACCUUCGCUUAUUGGCUCUUCUACAUUGUUCAGGUCACGAACGGCGCCAAGAUUGUGGUCGAAACCGGCGGCGAUGCUGUUGACUAUAAAUCGCUCGUAGGCUAUGCCACAAACUUUGUGGACACGCUGCUCUUUAUACACUAUGUGGCCGUGGUGCUGCUGGAGCUGCGCCAUCAGCAGCCGUGCUACUAUAUCAAGAUCAUACGCUCGCCGGACGGCGUCUCGCGCUCCUAUAUGCUGGGCCAGCUGAGCAUACAGCGCGCCGCAGUCUGGGUGCUGCAGCACUACUAUGUUGACUUUCCCAUCUUCAAUCCGUAUCUGGAACGCAUACCCAUUUCCAUAUCGAAGUCGCAGCGCAACAAAAUCUCAAAUAGCUUCAAGUAUUACGAAGUGGACGGCGUCAGCAACUCGCAGCAGCAGAGUCAGAGUCGCGCCGUGCUGGCGGCGAAUGCGCGUCGCCGGGACUCCUCGCACAAUGAACGCUUCUACGAGGAGCACGAGUACGAGCGUCGCGUCAAGAAGCGACGUGCACGUCUCAUUACCGCCGCCGAGGAGGCCUUCACCCAUAUCAAGCGCAUACACAACGAGCCAGCGCCAGCGUUGCCGCUGGAUCCGCAGGAGGCGGCGCAGGCCGUAUUUCCAUCGAUGGCCCGGGCAUUGCAGAAAUAUUUGCGUGUCACGCGACAGCAGCCGCGGCAUACAUUCGAGAGCAUACUGAAGCAUCUGGCGCACUGCCUGAAGCACGAUCUGUCGCCGCGCGCCUUUCUCGAGCCCUAUCUGACCGAGUCGCCGGUGAUGCAGAGCGAAAAGGAGCGCCGCUGGGUGCAAUCGUGGUCGCUGAUCUGCGAUGAUAUCGUCUCGCGACCCAUUGGCAACGAAUGCACCUUCCAGCUGAUACAGAACGAUGUCUCGCUGAUGGUCACCGUGCACAAGCUGCCGCAUUUCAAUUUGGCCGAGGAGGUGGUCGAUCCCAAGAGCAACAAAUUUGUGCUCAAGCUCAACUCGGAGACGUCCGUAUGACAGCAUCAUCAGAGAACGCCGCCGCCCAUGGUCACGCCCACGCACAGCAAUCAAACGCAAUCCUCGUAUUUGCAUGUCUUUGUCUGAGAAGCUACCUAAGUGGGAUUUUAAAGGUUUUUAUAAAUUCUACCUUAUUUUGGUCCGAUCGAAAAUAGAGGCAGAAACAAACAUGAGCCGGCCAACGCCGGGCAAUGCUCGCUAGUAUUUUAUAUGAUUAGAUUAAACUUUUAAGCAGCUGCUCCUGCUCCUAAAACCCAUAGAGGGAUGAACCUAUUUUAAUUCGGAGUUUUUCCUUAAGAUUCAUUUCGAAAAACUCACUUCAGGAGUUGACCAUGCUCAAGCCCAGUGAAAUACAUAAAAAUAUCCUAAGCUAACGCACACAUAUCACACGUCCCUUGAAAAUGACAAAAUACAAAACUGACUUACAAGUUCCCAAAGUAUUAAUCUUAGGUAAUCGAAAGAACGUAAAACUCAAAACAACUUUCGAAUGCAGCUUCAAUUUGUGUACUGCCCUUUUCGUUUAUUUUAUAGAGAAUAUCAGCUAAGUUAAUAUAAAAUCGAUUCCCAUUUUGGCCAGCUGUAAGGUUGUGGGUCUAAGGACUUGCGCCAAGAGUGUGUCCCAGAAUUGGUAUGCAACACUCUGGGCGCGAUUCGGCCAAGAUUUUUCUAAGGUUUUUGCAACUCAAACCCAAACUACUGCGACUCGACAUAUCUAUAGAGAUAUAGCAGAUAUAUAUAUAGAGAGAGAGAGAGAGCUCUCCUGUAACUCGAAUGUAACUUGUGACAAAUACAUAACUUAAGCAAGAGACUGCAUUAAUGCAUUUUAUAUACACUCAAAUCUCCGACUUAUAUAUAUAUAUAUAUUUGUACUAACUACCUAAUCGGUGCAUAGCAACAGACUAGAGCACACACUAGGCACGAAAAUUGAUAAGCUAAAGUAAACAUUUUAUUAUAAAUGAUAAUGAUAAGUACUUACAUACCCCCUACAUACAUCUAUAUAUAUAUAUAUAUAUAUAUUUAUUGUAGCGACAACUUUGCCUAGUUUUGCCCACUUUUUAUUUCAUUUUCUAGCCAAAUGCUUUUUACCAGCACCCUUUUUUUUACUCGCUCGAUCCAUGUGAAGCUAUUUAUGGCCUAUUUAUAGAUUAACGCACACUCCAGCUGUAUUAAUAAACGGGAAAUAAAUCUCUGCGACGGCUUUUGUUCAAA